AAGUUCUUGUUUAUUUUUAGAUGGACAAAUUUACAAGAAUCGCAACGGUCAGGCAUGGCAGUACUGGACGUAACAGUUCCUACAGGAUACAUCAUACAACAGCAAGAUUUAGAUGCAUAUAUUCUUUCGAGGAGAGUCAGAAACUUACAGAGGGCCAAGUUCCAAGAGCGCAAAGUCUUGUUUUACUUUGACUACCUGGAUAGUGAAGACAUCUGUGUUAGUUUCACCGUGGAACGAUGGUUCCCUGUGGCAAAUAUGUCCAGAUAUAUAGCUGCAAGAGUUUAUGAUUACUAUGCUCCAGAGAGAUUCAACGAAACCUUGAUAGAUGCCCUAUCCUCAUACACCUUAGACAUUUGCCAGGUGUGUGGUAGUUACCAGUGCCCCUACUGCUGGAUCUAUAACGCAGCCCCGAGUCUUUCAAGUCCCCCAUUAGUACUUAUCCUUUCAGUGCUACUAACGGUAGUCUUUGCUCAGCGUUUCGAAUUCUACGCGUGAUCAAUCUUUCCCACGUAAAACUCUGUACCAUAUCAAGUGAUAGCGAUACAAUGUAGUACAAAAGAAAAAAA